AGUUGACCGCCGCAAGAGAUGUUGAGAUUAAUCAGCAAGUGCAAUCGCAAUCCUGGUCAAGUGCUACCAGCUGCUGCAGUGCUGAUAUUAAUGCAAUCAGCAUUUGUUUAUGCCGCUGCUGCUGCUGAAAGCACAUCGAGCACGGAUUACUGUGAGCCGUCGUUGUGUGAGAUUUACAAUGGCACGCAUCUGUUGCAUGUGCCACAUAUUGCUUGCGGGAACAAUGGCAGCUUUGGCGCUGCCUGUGGACCGCAACCUAAGCUGCUUUACAUGAGUCCGCGACGUCAACAGCUGUUGCUCGAUAUGCACAAUCUGGUGCGCCAUAAGGUGGCCAGCGGUGAAGUGAUUGGCUAUAAGCCAGCUACCCAUAUGCCCAUCUUACGCUGGGACGCUGAGCUCGAACAGCUUGCCGCCUUACAUGCGAAGCGCUGCGAAUUUGCGCACGACCAAUGCCGCAAUACGCCGAAAUAUAGAAUUAGUGGUCAGAAUAUAGGCUAUUUUUGGAUUGAGCGCGAAUUCAAAUCGCAUUCGAGACGCAUGAAGUCGUUUGUUAUUAACUGGUUCCGCGAAUACAAGGAUGCCAACCAAAGCUAUAUCGAUAGCUAUCAUCCACAUCCGCAGCGCAAGAAGAUUGGACACUUCACCAUGCUCGUCUCGGACCGAGUGCAUCGUGUGGGUUGUGCUGCUGUUAGAUUUUUACAAACGAAUGCCACUAGAUACCAGUUUAUACUCACCUGCAAUUAUGACUAUAAUAACAUAUACAGUGAGCCCAUUUAUCAAGCGGGCCCAACGGCCUCCAAGUGUGCCCAACGCGUUCUUGAUAAAUAUCCAGCGUUGUGCGACUGGAAUACCGAUGACAAAGAUUACGAGAGUGAGGAAAGUGUUGAAGAUAGCAACACCCUGGAUAAUAAUAUAGCCAUUUAAUUUUUUUUACCCUAAAUUAAUUUAGUAAAAUA